AUGCGCGAAUGCCUUGAUGCCGCAAAUCGCAACCUUGGCAAGGGCCACCAUUCAGUGAUGUUGGAUUGUAACUUUGCUGUGGCUGCCGGGCUUGCUGCCUCGCAAGAGGGGCCCAUCCCAUAUAUCCCCACACCCGGCACCCCCUUCCCCUAUCAAAUCGAUCCCCUUGCCGCGCGCACGUUUAGUCUCGCAUUUCAGUGCGUAGUCAAUAUUGGAGUACGCGGCUCAGAACAUAUCCGACGCCGCGUUGUCCAGGCUGGUGCCCUCGGAGUCGUUAGUUGCAUCCUCGCCGUCUGGCUCAAGGGCAAAGGAUUCGCAAUCGGCCCAUCGGCCACUGGUUCCGGUGCUCCUCGAGAGUCCCGUGAAGUCCGCGUGCGCAGGCGAGAAGAAGCCCUCGAACGCCAGCGCGCCCUCGAUCUUCCCCGCGCCCUCAAGCACGCAACCUCAUCUGACAACCUGCGGGCGCGUGUGAUUGCACAACCACAACCUCGCAUCGCCACCACCACUGCUCCCCCUCCGGCCCUCCCCCCUGUACGAACCAAUACAAACCCCAAGCCCAGUUCGGAAGAAGCCGACGAGGAAAUGAGCGGUGCAAGCAAUAUGGGCCCCUCACCAACUCUUCCACCUCCCGCUAUCGGACGAAGCAUGUCCAAUGAUUCGGAUGGAAGUUAUGUGGGAGUCCCAUCGCUCCCCGCACCAAGCGGUCCCUCGGGUGCGUUUGCAGUCUCUAGCGGCUCCCAUGCGCGCUCAUUCGAUAUCCGCACUGCAUCUCCAAACCCCAUUGCCUCCACCUCUCCCGUUAUGGGCCGUGCCAUCUCACCCAACACGGCCCAAUCAUCCGACGCCUCGGCCAAUGCCACCCCUGUUGGCUCGGGCACGCCUACUGGUAGUGUAGUCGUACCUGGGCGCGAUCGCAGCGGGACCGUCGUCGGGAGGCCCAUCUGGGAUAAUGAAGGCGGGCCGAGGCAGGUCGCUCAACCGGUCGCAAGGCCAACUUGGUCCGAUGCGGACGAAACACCCGCGCGAGAGGUUACAACCACGGGCAGACGGGGGACGAUAACGCGCAGGCCUCGUCGAGAACGAGAUACGGAUGGGGAUGACACCGAAGCUGAUGGGGACGACCAAACGGCUCAGCAAGGCGAGCGCCGUGCGAUUGGCAUUGUCGGCGCUGCAGAUGGAGACGGUGCAAUGGCGAUGGAUAUGAUGGGCGAGGGUCUCGGCGUUGGUGUCGUCACACUCGAACAAAAUGACGACUUGGCGAUGGGUGCUCCGCCCGGGGCUCCAGGUGCCAUCGGAACUCCAAGGGCUCGGGUCGCUCCUGGUACGGAGCCUACGCCCCGAGCGGGCAUUGCCACUCUUGGUGCUCAGAUAGAGCAAACCGCGCAAGAAACUCCCUUUUACGAAACUCCCGCGACCCUCCGUGCGCUUGUCGACGCGAGUAACGAGCCCAAACCUUCGGCCCAACCGCUCUCCAGUACUGCCCAGUCGCCCAAUGUUUUCUCCCUGGUCGAGCGAUUCACUUUCCGCCCCUCCCCCUCCGAAACCACUCUCCCCCGGCUCCCCCACGAAAUCCAAUACUGGGCCGGCGUAAUCAUGCGCAACGCAUGCCGAAAAGACGAUCAGCGGGGCGGAAUUCGACAGUGCGUCAACAUGUUAUGUGGGCGAUCGGAAGAGUUCCUUCGAGAGUUUGCCAAGUGCCAACGGUGUCGCAAGGCCAAGUACUGCGGCAAAGAGUGCCAGAGCAAGGCCUGGGCGGAAGGACAUCGAUUCUGGUGUAGCACCUGUGAAGAAGAGGACUCACAGACCGUGGUUGCUCGCACGGGUUCUUCCGCCAACACCGUUCCCCCCGCCGCCGUCGCAACUGAAGUCGAGGUCCCAACCCGACGCGGCCUUACCAACACUGUCACACGUGCAUUGGUCAAUAUCGCAGGCGGGAUGACAGGAAGAACGAACACCACGGUGCAGCAACCGCAAACACAGCCAGUGCCUACAAACUCGCCGACGGUCGGGCCAGGUGCGGGGUUUAGGUUCGGUGCAGCGGCGGCAGAACACACACAAGGGGGUGGGCCGACGCGGGCGCAAGGGUUAGCUGGUGGGGUUCAGGCACGACCAGGGAAUUUCCAGGCGGAGCUACCGAGGUACGCUAGGAUGGCCGCAGCUGCCAGAGGUGUUUGGCCGCUGGCCCUGCCUGCGCGAGCAGCGAAUCCACCCUCAGCAAGUUGGGCUGGUCCACCGCAAGGAGGAGUCGCGUUCUUCAAUGAACUUGCUCAGGCGGCCGAUGCAGGCCCGUCUCGACGAACUCGAGGACCAGAGACAGCUCAGCGAAGUAGUGGGACAAUGCCCAGUCAAGGGGUUGGCUCGAACCAGGGCGUGGAGCCAGACGACCCGUGGAACGUUGUCCCCGUACAGCGAGUCUUGCCCGCUCCAAGCGCCCCUCAUACGACACCUCAGCACGCAAAUCGACCAUUGGACAGAGAUGGAGACGAUGACAUGGUUCUCGGGUGA